UCGACGGCGGUAGCCGUGGCAGCUGGAGCGGCGGGUCCGCGGGCUCGCGGGGUGGGCUCGGCUCCGCGCACGCCAAGGCGCCCGCUGCAGCCGCCGGCCGCCCCCGGGGCUCGCGCUGUGUCUUCCGAGCCGCCCGCCCGCUCCAUGUCGCCCGGUUGCGGAAGUGUCGCCGGGAGAGGUGGCGGCGGCGGCGCCAGGGAGCAGGGGAGGCCGGGGCUCGGCCCCCUGCAGCACUGAGCUCCGGGAGCCGCGCGCCCCAGCGGCCCGGCGGCCCGUGCGCCCCGCGCCCGCCGCAGCCUGCAUGCCCCGCGCUGCGCCUCGGCCCGGCCGCCGCCUCCUGCUCGCUCCGCGGCUGCCCGGCGCCGGGAUAAUAUGCUCACUCGGGUGAAAUCUGCCGUGGCCAAUUUCGUGGGCGGCAUCAUGGCUGGCAGCUCCGGCUCCGAGCACGGCGGCGGCGGCUGCGGAGGCUCGGACCUGCCCCUGCGCUUCCCGUACGGGCGGCCGGAGUUCCUCGGGCUGUCUCAGGACGAGGUGGAGUGCAGCGCAGACCACAUCGCCCGUCCCAUCCUCAUCCUCAAGGAGACCCGGCGGCUGCCCUGGGCCACCGGCUACGCAGAGGUUAUCAACGCCGGAAAGAGCACGCACAAUGAGGACCAAGCCAGCUGUGAGGUGCUCACGGUGAAGAAGAAGGUGGGGGCCAUCACUUCCACCCCAAACCGAAACUCCAAGCGGAGAUCAUCCCUUCCCAACGGGGAAGGACUGCAGUUGAAGGAGAACGCUGAGUCCGAGGGCAUCUCCUGCCACUACUGGUCUCUGUUUGACGGCCACGCGGGCUCGGGGGCCGCGGUGGUGGCGUCACGCCUGCUGCAGCACCACGUCACGCAGCAGCUGCAGGACAUCGUGGAGAUCCUCAAGAACUCGGCCAUCCUGCCCCCGACCUGCCUCGGGGAGGAGCCGGAGGGCACGCCCGCCCACGGCAGGACCCUCACCCGCGCGGCCUCGCUGCGAGGGGGCGUGGGGGCCCCCGGCUCCCCCAGCACGCCGCCCACGCGCUUCUUCACCGAGAAGAAGAUCCCGCACGAGUGUCUGGUCAUCGGGGCCCUGGAGAGCGCCUUCAAGGAGAUGGACCUGCAGAUAGAACGAGAGAGGAGUGCGUACAACAUAUCCGGCGGCUGCACAGCCCUCAUCGUCCUUUGCCUUUUGGGGAAGCUGUAUGUGGCGAAUGCUGGAGAUAGCAGGGCCAUAAUCAUCAGGAAUGGAGAAAUAAUCCCCAUGUCUUCGGAAUUCACCCCUGAGACUGAGCGCCAGCGACUUCAGUACCUGGCAUUCAUGCAGCCUCACUUGCUGGGAAAUGAGUUCACACAUCUGGAGUUUCCGAGGAGAGUGCAGAGGAAAGAACUCGGGAAGAAGAUGCUGUACAGAGACUUCAAUAUGACAGGCUGGGCAUACAAAACCAUUGAGGAUGAUGACUUGAAGUUUCCCCUUAUAUAUGGAGAAGGCAAGAAGGCCCGGGUAAUGGCAACUAUUGGCGUAACAAGGGGACUCGGGGACCACGACCUGAAGGUUCAUGACUCCAACAUCUACAUAAAACCAUUCCUGUCUUCAGCUCCAGAGGUCAGAGUCUACGACCUCUCCAAAUACGAGCACGGAGCAGAUGACGUGCUGAUCUUGGCUACUGAUGGACUCUGGGAUGUUUUGUCAAAUGAAGAAGUAGCAGAAGCAAUCACUCAGUUUCUUCCCAACUGUGACCCAGAUGACCCUCACAGGUACACACUGGCAGCUCAGGACCUGGUGAUGCGUGCCCGAGGCGUCCUGAAGGACAGAGGAUGGCGGAUAUCAAAUGACCGGCUGGGCUCAGGAGAUGACAUUUCUGUAUAUGUCAUUCCUUUAAUACAUGGAAACAAACUGUCAUGAAAGUGACCCAGGGGACUGGGAGGACAGACGGGAAGAAAACUGGGAUGCCUCUGAGGAGGGCGGAAUUGGGGAGUGCCUGGGCUGGAUUCCAGGUGAUGCAAUUUCUUCCCAGCCCAGAUGGGGAAUUUUCUGCCAAAAAGCCUCUGGCUUUGCUUCAAGGCAACCCUUAGGUUUCCAUUUCUUCUUUGGUAACGGGUCUGGACACUGAAUAAGAGCAAAACACAAAGCCUGCUACUGAGUGUUAUAUUUCUCUUGGUUUCUACUGUAGGGCUCCUAGGUGGCUACUGCCUGUUUGGGGGCACAGGCAUAAAUUUAUUUAUUUUACCUAGAACAGCAGGGACAGCCAUUCCAGGUGUUACUGGUAGGAGACUUCUGAGCCUGUGAGGCUGCCAGGUUCUCUCGGGUGCAGGGCCACGCUGGAAAGUUGGAAACCAUGCCUCAGAGAGUAUGAGCACUCAUCGUUGUAUGCUCAAGUUAUUUCAGGGAUUCUGCCUUGUGCUUCCCCUUCCUUCUCCCCGCUCCUGUCUCCCUGGUUGUCUCUAUUCUUUUGUGGUAAUAAUGGAGGCAUAGACCUUUUUUUUUUCCCUUCCUGACAUUCCUUGAAUCUUUCCCAUUCCCCUCCAAUAGGACUUUGCAAUUUGUCACUAGACAGUUCCCGUAGCAGAGACUAGCCCAAUCUGGCGUGCCCCAUGUCUUGUGUCCCAUACACACGAUAGUUUUGUCCAGAGCCACAGCCCAUGUGACAGUUUCUUUGCUGUAUAACAUUUACCCACAGAGCUGUGUUUUCUCACCAGAUCAUUGUUCGCUUCAGGAUGUGGGUGUUUCACUGGACCAACAGCUGUUGGUUAUCCUCUGUUAUCUUUAAGGUCCCUCUCUCUGUCUGGAGAUGCUGCUGGGAGAGGCUGAGUUUUCAUUUCUGGCACUGGUGGUGCUCUCCCACCUUGUGUGUCCUGGAGACUUAUAGGAAGCAGCAGCUUGCUGCUUAGGAAGUCCUUGUAUCCAUCAGUCAACCAUAGUUCAUUAGGGAAGAAGGUGGGAUUCAGGCUCCUUGGCCGCUGACUGUUCUCCAGGCCUCCCACCCGGGGUUUGAGCAUCACAGUUCCGCUAAGAGGCGGCUCUUCCUGUCACCUCUGUGCAAGGGUAAAUGGGCUGACACUUGGAUAAAAGUAAGUUUGAAUCAGAGUUAGUUGUCCACCGUAGUCCUCAAGGGAAUCCCGAGAAACCGAUGUGCCGAGACCCCUUUCCCACUGCGCAUCCACCACUACGCAUGCCUCGUGAGCGAAGCGGCGGCACGCAUGUGGGCGUGGUAUCUGCCUCCUUCCUUGCCGAGAGGAACAGCAAAGUCCAGUUUUAAAAUCGCCCAUCUCUUGGGUUGGCUGCUGCCCUGCCCAGAGACCACAGAGUCCUGCCCCUGUAGUCUUCCAGGACAGAAUCGACUUUAUGAUAAUUUGGUGUCAUUGGGACACACUUCCAAACCAGUAAAGAAAGGGACUCAUGGUGUAGUUUUUCCCUGAAAUGCUUGAGAGGCAGUUACAGCGCUGGUGUUCAUGAGGAUUCCUCCCCAGAGGAGAGCAGAGGAAGAUUUCCUCGGACUGACAAGUCAUCCGCAUUCCUGGUGUUGUAGAUAUUUUCUUAGGAAAGGCCUGGUGCCUUCCGACUCAGGAACAAAGUCACUGUGUAGAAGCAGUACCCCGCCUGGCAGGUGACGUACUGUGAGUGUGUGCCAACCCGUCGCCUGCAACCUGGGCUGCAGCUGCCGUGGUGUCAGGACCGUGCAUCCCCCUCCUUCAGGGAGUCUUUCCACCCAAGGCACCUCUGGGGAGUGGCCAGUGGCGACCACUGGCUUCCGAGGCAGCCUGUGAGGCUCUGGAAAACUGUUCGGACGUGCUACAGCAGCGUGGUUCGCGGCUCCUGCCCAGGUCUCAGACUCACGCACAGAUGGGAACUUGAGAAAGCCUUGAAGGCUGUGGAGGACCUGAGCCGCUCUCUUUGGAAUCAUUUCCAGGUUCCCAAUGCCUUUCAGAUUUCUGCUUUUCUGAACUCCCUGGGUCUCACCUUCUCUAAUUACACUCAAGCCACCAGAGUCAGAAUUCGAGUGUGAAUAUCUUAUAGGUAUCGUGACAACAUUCUCCCAAUUUGUUUACUGCCGAGACACAUAUCGACAAAACAAAAUGAAAUCUGGAAAACCCAAAUUCACAUUACCCUAAAGCCUGGAGCCAGCUUGGUUUUAGUUGGAAAGGUAUCCAGGAAUUCUCUUCACGAGGCCCCAUGUGUGGAAAGGUCUUAGUCCUAGGCUAACAGCCUGUUUGUGUUAGAGGCGGGAGGGAGGGAAGAAGACUACAGAUGAGAUAAAUAAAUGAAAAGGGGAGAGUGAUUUGUUAAUGGCCACGGCAGGUCUGCCCAGCACUGAUACUGCUCUGUGCUUUGGGCUUUCUUUGUGCGGGUCUCAUUGUCCCCUCAGGCUCCAAGUCACCCGGUCCCAAAACAGAAACAGUCUGGAUAACAGGUACAUUCCUGGAAAGGUCAGAAGACAGACUACACAUUCAGGAUUCUGCAGAACAUACUGCGAUGCGUUUUUAGAAAUCAUGUAUGUCUGAUGUAGAGCCGGACCUGCUUGCCCCAUAGCCUCAGAGGAAGCCUUGUGUAAUGAAAAACAUUUGAUUUCCUAGUCAAGUCAUUAUGGGUGUCUUGGGGGUUUCGUGACUACUUCCUUUAAUGAGAGCCUCCCGCAACCCUAAAUCUCUCUGUUCGGCCAGCCUCUGCCCUUCCCCCUGGCGGUCCCUCCCUAAAGAGUGUGAACUCUGCAGCGCUUUACCAGGUGGAAGCUAAAGCCUUGUUCCUCUGACACACAAAGUCAGCAGCCAGAGACAUGAAAGGGCGUGCUGGGGUUGUGUAGACCCAGUGACUGUCCUCUGUGGCAGACAGGGAGUGCUGACAGUUGGGCUAGGCCAGAUGCGCAGCUCUUUAACUGGGGCGAGCCAGAGAAGUCGGCAGUUCAGUUAUUUUCCACAGUUUUCAAUUUUGGAGGGUUUGGAAUGUUGAGUUUUUUAAAUUCCUCGCAUCUACCCUCCAUGGGACUGCACGAAGCUGGCUGUGUCUUCCCACCAUGCUCCUCUGCAAGUCCCUUCCCAGAGGGGAAUUAUACCCAGAGGUGUAUAUUGAUGAGCAGGAGUAACAGUCUCAGGAGCCAAAUUUCACUCCAGACCUUGGCCAUUUGGGCAGGGGGUUCAGUAUCCCCAGGACAUCACUAGUUUACACUCCCUUUGGGAAGCAUCUGUUUGUAAAACACUGACUCUCCUUGUGCUCCCUUCCCUUGCUCCUUUCUCGUGUCUGCUGUGUUUGCGAGGGAACUAGCAGCAGAUGCUGCGGUGUGUACAGGUUUGAAGGUAUCACCUUUCCUUCGGCGAGCCAGGACCUCUGAUGUUUUCAAAGUCUGUGUGCUGUGAUGAAAUGCUGGCUUCAGUGAGUCAGUGCUCCUAGGACAGCUGGAGAAAGCAAUGAAAUUGUCUAUGCAAGGAAAGAACAAGACUGACCCUCCCAGAUAUGCAACGGACUAGGAGAGUCUUCAGCCACAGGACAGAGUUUUGUGUUUGGAGCUCACAAAAGUAAGGGCUCCUAAGUACAGAGAAGUAUGGCAGCCUGUAGACCACAGCCCACCUCUGUGAGCAGACUUUGGGUGCUAUGUGGCAUACGUGUGCACACUGGAACUUACAGAGGACACUGCAGGAGCAGCCUGAGUGCCUGGCCUCUUCUGUAAGCCUCGUGGCCCUUUGUCAGACGUGAAUGCCUUUCGAGGGGUUCUGCUUCUUCCUAAUUCAUAAUGUUAUCUGUGUAAAUAGCUUUAGUACUUCUUUUUUGUGCCCUAGGUGAUGUUUUGUUCAUGUAGAUUCAAGUUCAAAGUGACCAAAUAAGGCUGUAAAUGAACUGUUUGUUUUCAGCGAUAGGUAUGCUGAAGAUGGAGGCUGUGACCCCAGCUUCUCCACUCUGUCUUUAGAUGAGCAGUUACCCCUUCACUCCUGUUCUGCCUCUAAUUUCCUUUGUUUCUUUGGAAAUCCCUAGUAAGGAUCAUUUGUGAGAAUCUGUAUGUGCAGUCCGGGUUUCCGAAAUACUCUUCGUACAGUGACUUGAGAGAAUUCUGCCUGGAAAUUGGUUACCGAACCAUGUAUCUUUAGGCUUUGUGAUUGUGAAGUAUUGACUUUUGUAAACCCCCAAAUGAGAGCUGUUUAGUAAAGGGGAUCUAUUUUGUGUGUUUUGAAACUUAGGUGCAAUGUCCCCUGGAAAAAACUCAAAAACUGUAUAUGCUAAAUGACAUUUUAAAUAAAGUACUAUAUAUGUAUAUAUAAAUAUGUAUAUAGGACAUCUUUAGAAAAA